AUGCCACUUGGACAACUACCUGUUCUUGAAGUAGACGGUGUCAAAAUACCUCAAUCAUUGGCUAUAGCUCGUUUUCUUGCUAAACAAUUUCAUCUCGCUGGUAAAGACAAUAUGGAACAAGCUCAAGCAGAUGCUGUAGUCGAUACAAUUGCGGAUGUAACUGCAAAAUUCAUUCCGAUUAUGUUUGAACAAGAUCCAGACAAAAAGAAAUUACUCGAAGAAAAAUUUCAGAACGAAGAAUUACCGAAAUUACUCAAUCAACUUGAAAGUUUAAUGAAAGCAUUCGGUAAUGGUGGCCCAUAUUUUGUCGAUAAUAAUCUUACAUGGGCUGAUCUACAUUUCUAUAACACCAGUCAAAGUAUGUUAUUACGCUAUCCCAAUAUUCUUGAUAAAUAUCCAUCAUUAAAAUGCAAUCGUGACCAAGUUGAAGCCAAUUCAAAUGUAGCAAAUUAUUUGAAGAGUCGACCGCAAACACAAUAA